UCAAUACGGUAAGCAUAGUUGCAAGGAAAUUGACAAAUUUGGAAAGGUUUUCUGGUUCUAUCUAAUACGAGAGCUGUAUCUGAAUGUUGGGCUUUGUAGGUAAUCCAAGUACGUGAGCAUGUAUAAUAAUUUAUUUACUCGUACUCGCUUCACUUGGUAAGUACUAAAGUACUACUAGUUUCUACUAGCGUGGAAUAUUACAGCUGAAACUUGAGAAAAAAGUAAAUUCACAAUAAUUUACUAAAAUGUGGAAGUUUUUUUCAAAAAACUGAAAUAACUUUCUUCAUUGCCAUAAUCGUGAACGCAGUGAGUUAUAAAAAAUGAUAACUCUCUAACAUCUUCAUAAUGUUAACGAGAGAGAGUUACGUCAAACAUAACUCUCUCAUGUUAGUUCAAGGAAACAUCGGGAGAGUUAAGAAAUUGGGUGUGGUCGUUGGGGAAAGUGGGCGUGGUUCUAACAUAACUCUCCGAAAUCAUAACUCUCCGAGAUAACUCUCCACUUCAUAACUCUCCGUUUAGCCGGUCCCUGUGCGUGUUGGUUUGAAACGUUCAUUGUGUCAUUGUUUACAAUUUAAUUAUUAUCUAAGACGAAGUUAGCAUAAUAGAACCUUAUCUAGCAUGAAUAGAACUCUAUUUCGCAUAUAUAGCGCUUAUCUAUUCACUGCGGAAAUGCCUUUAGGACAUAUCUAUACACACAGUUCGUGACUAGUAUGAACAUUGUCAAAAUCAAUCGAACCGUGCUACAGUAAAAAUUGCUACCGAAGUUCAAGGGACUUUAUAUUCUACCGUAAUCAUAAUCGCUACAAUUGGUACAAGUGUAAACCAAAGUACGUAAGUUUAUAGUUAUUGUUGUUAUUAUUUAGGUUUGUUAUUGUUAUCAUGUGCAUGCGUAAAUCUAUAGUUAUAUUAGUUCGUUAUUAAGUUAGUUAUUUUUUUGCUGUCGCGUUUCAGUUCGAACCAACACAACACCAAUACCUCACCACCUCACCACUACAAUACUAAAGUGUGAAAGUACAGAGUGAAACUACCGUGAAUUAAAACUACAAAACGUAUAUCUUCGUCUACAUUGUUUGUGAUUCAUUAUCUAACAAUUGAUUUACCGUCAAGCUAGGACAAUUCAAUCAUUUCGUGACAACAACAGUCUAUUCAUUGUUUGACGUCAACUAAAGCUUUGUCCUUUUCAUCUGUUGAGUUCGAAAAUUCAAUUGUACCACUCGCUACCCCUGUAACUCGUCGAGAAAUUCUAAUUUGGCAACGUAAGAGUUACAGUGCGUACAGACGCACAAUCCACCACAGACACAGUAUAAAGCAGUAUACAACAGUUAUAAUGCUAUAUCUAGUUAAAAUCUCUCGAACGUACUUCGAUGUAUGAUUCCGCACCAAAUUUCGUGCGAGUAAGGCUGCUUAUGUUAUUCACAACGCUCAAUAAAUCUUUAAUAGAAAGCUUUGGUACACCGUCACUCGCUUGUUUAAAUCAGCUUCAAUAUCUUUGUCAUUUUGUCGAUCGUCAUUCUGUAAAGCAGCCUUUACGGUUUCGUAAACACUAACAGACAUGGUUAGUAUUAGUUCAUGCAGAAUUUCUGAUAGUAUAUCUUCCCAUUGAACUUUAAUAAUUUGCGGUCAAGCACAAAGUAGCGAUCAGAAAGGUCAUAGACCUUUCCGUGCACUAAUAAAGCCUGAACGGUAUGAUCGAUCAAAAAAAUCCAACCAAUGGGGAUUCAGGAUUGUUUUGAAUUAGCCAAUCGGAUCGCCUGUAUUCGAGCCCCUGAUCGCUUUAGCGAUCAGAACUCCCCACAGAUCGCGCAAAAAUCGAGAUAGCCAAUCAGAUGGCUGGAAUCUUACCCAGAGCGUGCAAAACUCAUGCGUAAGACCGCUUUUCUGCGCGUUCAUGUUAACCUGAGUAUCAGGCUCUAUUUUACAAAUAGAGCCUGACACAAAACUUAACCUGAUCGCUUUCCGCCCACAGCAAAGUUUAUAUUUAGUAUCCAAUCAAAAUGUCGCAAGAGAAAUUUAAAUUUCACACAACGACAACAACAAUCUAAUUAUAGCAUAGGCAGCCCACUAAAUGGCUGAAUUUAAAUUAAAACUGCAAUGAACUUAUAAAAUUAACAAAAAUAAUCACAAAUUAGCGAAAUAUAUUGCAAAUGUAGCUUAUAUUAAAUCGCCACCCGAUUGCUCUCUCCUCCACAGAGGUUUCAGUGACUACAAUGAGCUUUACAUGGCGCUUGCCGUAUUUAUCAACAAACAGUGACGUAUAAUUAUAAAGUAUAUAUAUAUAUAUUAAGUAUACUUUAUAACUAUACGUCAGUCGAUAGUGCAAUCUGAUGGCGAUUUAAUAUAAGCUACAUUUGCAAUAUAUUUCGCUAAUUUGCGAUUAUUUUCUAAUUUUACUGCAGUUUUAAUUUAAAUUCAGCCGUUUCGUGGGCCGGCUAUAAUUGUAGUUGUGAAUUGUGAUCGUUAUAAAAUAUAUCAACAACAAUAGUAUAAUCUAAUUAGCACCAGCCAAUCAAAUGAUAGAUUUAAAAAUCGUUUGUCUAAUCGGCCAAUCAGCGCUCAGUCCAGAUUCUGGACUGAACAACCAGGCAAAAUGCCACUUUUGUGUCAGGCCGUACUUUUCUCCCCUUCGCCACGAUCAGGCGUGCCUGUGCCCUAAAAAGUACGGCCUGAUACUCAGGUUACGUUCAUGUUUGAAGGCCUUGCUACUGAAUGAUAUCUCAAAACUGGACUGUUAAACUUUCAACACAUUACACUGCGCGAAGUUUGAUAACUGGACUGCUAUUUUAAUUUAACAAUUUUCUACUUUUCUGGCCAAUUUUUACCUUAGUCGCGUGAUCGCUCUGAUCACCCCUAGAUCCGCCCCUGAUAGACAUCAUUAUAUGGAUGGACACUUUUAUUUGGAACAUCAAUAGCUUUAUCAGAUAUACAUAACUUUAAAAACCACCAAUAUCAUGAGUUCAUUGGUGAGGUAAUUUUGAAAAUCAACCGUUGUCUAAGCCGAAAAAAAAGUAGUUAAUGAUAGCAGUGUGUUUAGGUAAAAAUCUUGCAUUGAUAUUUUGAAAAAGGAUUUUUCUUGGUAUUAAUGAUACUAAGUAAAAAAGAUAUUAAACAGAAAGACGAACAAAGAACAGUGUUUUAUGACAAACAAUAUUAUAAAUUAUAUGACUAAAGUUAAAUUUACACACCAUUUAUAUAUUUAGAUUUAAGAAGUAAAAAUGCUGAGUUGGUAAUCCAUUGUUUUCCAUAGUCAUGUGAGAAAUUUGGCAGUUAAAUUCUUGGUGACUAGCUUGCACUGAGCCCAUAGUUGCUGAAAUAUGUGUUGAUGUCAUGAUGUUUUUUGUUUCUUUCCGCCAGUGUCCACAUCUAAAACAAAAUUAUAUUUCACAAUUAACAAAAUCUAUUUAUUAAGUUUAAUGCAAAGCGUAUUGUUGCUCAAACUGUGACAUACUGGUUCCCAUUAACUAUAUAUUGACAACUAAAGUCAGUUCAGACACAAACCACGACACCUUAUUGUAGAAUACUACCUACAAUGGACUACCACGUUUGAGAUAUUUUUUCUAGUAGUUCAGACACAAACCACAGAAACUUAUUGUAGAAUACUACCUACACUGGACCACCACAUUUGAGAUAUUUUUUCUAGUAGUUCAGACACAAAUCACGACAGCUUAUUGUAGAAUACUACCUACACUGAACCACCACGUUUGAGAUGUCUUCCAGGAGCGGAUCUAGGGGUGAUCAGAGCGAUCACGCGACUAAGGUAAAAAUUGGCCAGAAAAAUGCAAAAUUGUUAAAUUAAAAUAGCAGUCCAGUUAUCAAACUUUGCGCAGUCUAAUGUAUUGAAAGUUUAACAGUCCAGUUUUGAAAUAUCAUUCAGUAGCAAGACCUUCGAACAUGAACGCGCAGAAAAGCGGUCUUACGCAUGAGUUUUGCACGCUCUGAGUCAGAUUCCAGCCAUCUGAUUGGCUAUCUCGGUUUUUGCGCGAUCUGUGGGGAGUUCUGAUCGCUAAAGCGAUCAGGGACUCGAAUACAGGCUAUCCGAUUGGCUAAUUCAAAACAAUCCUGAAUUCCCAUUGGCUGGAUUUUUUUGAUCGAUCAUACCGUUCAGGCCUCAUUAGUGCAGUUUAUACUUUGUUUAUGCCUCUUGUGACAUGUAGACUUUAUAUAUUAAUCAGAACGCUACUUAAUAACACUGUUUAUACCUAUUUAAUGUUUAAACUACAAGAACACGACAAUGUAGCAUGGCCUUGUGUAAUACGAUCUCUACAACAUGUACACAACAAGUAAAAUGGAUCAUGUUGCCAUUGUGAAUACUUAUUCAUGGCGCAUGUUUCUGCUACGAAUGAAACUCGAGGAGCAGUGAAUUAAACGUGGAAAUUAUCUUCCUGUUUAACAAUCAAUCAAAUGUUUUAAACUACAUCACUAUAUUUGGCGAAAAAGCAAUUUUUUAAGUUACAUUUUUUCGUAAACAGAACACAUAUAAAAAAUAUUAAUUUGUUCUAACUCUCCGACUUCGCUAAAAGUACCCCCUCCGCCAGUCAAAAGUACCCCCCUACCCCAAUGUUCAGCAACGAAAUUUUUUACUAACGUACGAAAAAUCCUAGAUCCGCCCCUGAUGUCUUCUUCAGGUAGUUCAGACACAAACCAUGGCAGCUUAUUGUAGAAUACUACUCACACUGGACCACCAUGUUUGAGAUAUCCUCGACUGUGGAAAGUUUGUAUUAUGCAACUGAAAUCUCGGGCAUACAGUUUUGUUCUUUUCUAUAUAUUUACUACAAAAUUUUGGAAAUCUCUAACAGGUAUGCAAUUUCCAAACUGUCCACAGUCAGGACUACCCUCAAUGACUGAUGAAUCUAAUGUUGUGUAUCAAUAAAUAUGAGAGAUGGAACAAGACAUAUAUUACACACAGUAAGCCGAGGAGCCCUGUGUUGUGUUUUUCCCCUGUGAGCCCACUAGUGUGUUUUUCACCAUACCUUGAUUGGUUGAUGGUGUAUCGACAACACUAGCAAGAUCUGCUGAUCUUUUACCAUGUAAAAACAAAUGUCUCUUAGUCUCACUAAUUUCAGUCUUAUAUUUUAUUGGUGCUCCUGAAAUACUAGCUUCAUUUCGUUCGUCUGAUUCUAAAUCCACAGUUUCUGCUGGGUAAGAGACGCUCGAGUACUCAAAUAAUGGUUCAUAACGCUUUGAUAAAGAAUUCCAAUCCACAUCAUUUUGUUCUAAUGGUGUUUCCAGAAACUUUGGUUUCCCAACUGUCGCAAAAAGCGUGCUUGGCGAAGGCAGUUUAUUUGCAUGAGUAGUUUCAGUUGUUGUUGGUUCAUUAUGUAUUUGACACGAUUCUUCUUCGUUCUCUGAUUCAGAGGAUGUUUCAUUGUCAUCUGCAGUAAAAAAUGAAAGACUCUUCGUUUCUUCCUGAGAAUUCUCUACGCAAUGUGGUAAUUCUUUCCCCGAAUUUACGGACAUUUUCUUUCAAUGCAUAUUUGUUUACAUUUCUUUCAAUCCAUAUCAUUGGUUGUUAAAUAAAGUUUAACAAAAUUACCGCUAUCCUAUUGCACUGCCGUCUUCAAUUGCCCCUAUAUAUCUCUACCUAUUCAUAUGUAUUCCUCCUUAUCCAUUGAUACCCAGCAAAAGUGAGGUAAUUAGGAGUAUCUAGGAAUAUUGAAGGAAUACAUUGGAUAAAUGAGAAAUAUUACCAUUGUUGUUCAUAGAUAUCCAUUGACAGGUGAUAAUUAGGAGUAUAUUUGAGUACUUUAGGUAACUUGUAAAUAUAUUCCAAUAUUAAGGGUAGUUUAGGUGCAAUUUGGAUUAAAAUUGUUGUAUAAGUACUUUACAUCAUGCAUUAUCCAUUGUUAUUCUGUGGUAUUCACUAUUGAUCAUCAUUUUAACAUGGCGAUUUUUUUUAGUUGAAAAGUAAAAUUGUUUUGUUUUUUGCUGCAAAAAUGGGCAAGCGAAACUACAGAAAACGACGAGAGGUCGAUGAAGACGAAGGGAACGCAUCUGGCGAGGAGGCAAGCGGUUUAGAAAGUUUGGAAGAAAGAAAAGAAAUUCAAAAACUUCGCAAAAGACAGAAGGGUUUGAGCGCCACUGAGCUCGCUGUUGGUCAAACUUUGCCUGACAAAGAAAGUCAAGACGAGGUGGAUCCUUUUAAAAGCAAGACAGGUGGGAUAUUAGACAUGGAUCUGAUUAAAGACAGAGACAGAGAUAGAGAAGGCGAGGAAAAAGAAAAAUCAAUCUCUCUGGGUAGUAGUUUUGCUGUGGAAACCAACAGGCGAGACGAAGAUACCCACAUGUUGAAGUAUAUUGAAGAUAAGAUGAAAGCAAGGAGGGGAGAGGGGGAGAAAGAUGCCCCCAAAGUAAAGUAAGUAUGGUGUGGGAGGGAAGUAAGUAUGGGGUGGGGGGGGAGAGGGAGAGAAAGAUGCCCCCAAAGUAAAGUAAGUAUGGUGUGGGGGGGUGGGAGAAAUAAUCCCCUAGAGCAAGUAUGGUGUGUGGGGGAGAGGGGAGAAAGAUACCCCUAAUGUAAAGUAAAAGUAUGGCAUGUGUGUGGGGGGGGGGAGGGGGAGAAAGAUACACCUAAAGUAAAGUAAGUAUGGUGUGCAGGGCUCGAAUUUUAUCGCGGCAAUUGCCGUAGAGGGAGAACAAAAUGCCGUGGAUCAUUGCGGCAACGACGGCAAUUUUUUGCCAUAUAGUGCAAUUUUUACACUAUUCACUGUGCAAUACUACUUUGAUACUUGAAUUCAGAUGUUGAUCAAAUAAUGCGUUUUAGUCUCAGUUUUCUUUUAAAAAAAAACCACUGAAGAAAUAUGUAGACAUGUUUCUAGCUUGUCAAAAACCAAAGUAACAAUAAAAUUAAAGUUUUUUACAGUAAUUUGAAAAAUGCUAUGGAAACUGCCAAAAUUGCCGUAGACAGCUGUUACGUUCUACGGCAAUUUUUAGCACCAUUGCCGUCGAUUGAUUUCAGGGAAAUUCGAGGCCUGAUGGUGUGAGAGGGGAGAAACAUGUGUUGGUGCAGCAUUGAGGUGAUCAGAUAUCUGACAGAAUUGUUUUGUGUUCUGCAUAGAGUGAAGUCUAAAGAAGAUGCUCUGUAUGAACUACCCGAGAAACUCAAAGUGAAAUCACAACUCAAACAAUCUGAAGAAAUGCUGUCUAACCAAAUGUUGUCUGGUAUUCCUGAGGUUAACCUUGGGAUCCAGGCAAAGAUACGGAACAUCGAAGCAACCGAGGAAGCCAAGAUGAAAAUGAUUGAGGAACGAAGGAAUAAAAAGAAUCAAGGUCCCUCCAUCAUGGUUCCAACAAACGUUGCUGUGGAUUUCAUGCAACAUAAUAGAUGUGAGUAUAUCUCAUCUUUUGACUUUGGAGGAAAUUAAUUUCCUGUCCAAAAAUUCUUGCAGUUAUGGAAAUCUGUGCAAAAUUUUUCAUAUUGUAAAAAAAAUGCAAAUAAUUUCUGAAGAAUCUGCACACAAAAUGUCUGCACACCAAAAUGUUUUUCCCUGGAAGUGACAUGCUUUACGUAAGUGUGUAUUCUUGGGCUGUCCUUGCUUGUGACAAAUUCUGAACUUUAAAACUUACUCCAUCAUUUGAAUUCACUGCAGUUUACGACGAACGCAAGUCAAUGGAAACAGAGAAAAAGAAACUUCAAAAACAAGCCAAAGAACAGGAAGAAAGCAAACCACAAGGUCCGACUGUCACUGCAGAAAGUCUGGGUGUUGGCAUCGAUGGUGAUGAUGGAGGCUUGGGCUCUAAGAAGACUGGUAACCAAGUUGAUAAAGCAUCGGACGAUUUCUUUUUUGAAAAGUUUAAGAACAGAACUCAGGAUUCGUGGAGAUAUCAAUAG